AUGGCAUUCCAGGAACACGCUAUAGCAAAUGAGUCUGCGGUUGUCACCUUCAACGUCACAAAAAGCCGCAGCUUUUCAACGGAGAGCUUCUCGUUUAAAGUUUUUAAACUGUUUUGUUAUUCGCUUGUCUUUGUCUUGGGCGUCUUGGGAAAUGUUCUGGUUUUCCGAAUGGUCAUGAAAAGAAGAAAACUGCGAACUGUUAGUAACCUUUUCAUUUGUAAUCUUGCCGCAGCCGACAUCGCUGUCCUCACUGUGAAUCUUCCAUUUCGCUUGGCAUAUCAAGAAAAUUCUUACAUUUGGCCUUUUGGUGCCGUGUUAUGUAAGACAAUACCGACGUUAGCUUACGUUUUUAUUACCGCUUCAUCGAUGACUUUGGUUCUUAUGACUAUAGACCAAUAUCGAGCUAUAGUCAAACCUCUGGGUAGAAGAUUUACCGUAAAAACCACCAAAUUUGCCAUUAUGUUAAUCUGGACUUUUUCUGUCCUCGUUGCUCUUCCGUUCAAUUUUGCGCUUAGGGUGGUGAAACGACGGGACAGUCAGCCGGUUUGCACAGACGCCUGGCCCAGCGACAAGUUUGAGCAAUUCUACUUUUUGAGCCUAUUUGUGGUGCAGUUUGUUAUACCCAUGACAAUAAUUGUGUGCUGCUAUACUCUCAUAUGCGGCCAUCUUAACUCGAAAACGAGACUAGACCACCUUACAUGCACGUCAACUAGGCAACGCUCAGAUCGAAACAAAAAGGUGAUUAAAAUGUUGGUCGUAAUAGCAGCUGUGUAUGCUCUUUUCACCUUGCCGUAUCACAUAACGUGGCUGUUAAGUGUGUUUGGUUAUCCGAACUCCGUUGCAAAGAAACUUUGCGUUCUGUUAGUAAUAGCAACCAGUGCCGCUCAUCCAAUCAUUUACGGAACGCUGAACCAAGAAUUCAACAAAGGAUUCAAAGCGUUUUUCAGAUGUUUGAGGCAAAAAGAGAAUGACGAGUAUCGGCUGGACAGUACAAUAGCCACCAGGAGAUUGAUUGGAACAACCAUACGCAUUGAUCACGUGAAAUGGCGAGAUAUUCACAAAAGAAAACAAACAGAGGAGGAUGAAGAAGUUGAGAAACAACUUGUAACUUGCGUAUGA